AUGGCCAAUAGAUGGCCGCAAUACUCGCGCGGUUGCGCAACCCGCAUCAAGCAGAUCGAUGAAGACGGCAAGACGGGCAGUCCAGAUAUGACGUAUCCCAACUCUCAAGCAACGCUGUUGAGGGAAAUAGGAGAGGCGCGGAAACAGGGCAAGACUCCCCUUUCGGGCGAACACAUCUUCAACGUGCUGAAGCAGCCGAUCCUGCAUGCCAUGCACCGCGCUUCCUCCAUACCCAUCACGCAUUUCGGCCACAAUCCGACGCAUAUCCCCGAUGAGAUCUGGCAGACGCUACGACCGAUCAUCGUGAUCAGGCAUCCGGUGCCGCAUAUCAACUCAGGGUACGCAGCGUUGAGUACGCUGGGUAUGAGUGUGACGGUUGGCGAUGAAGAUCUGGGUAUCUUUUGUUCGCAGCGGUAUUAUCGGUACGUCGAACCUCUUCUCCCUCACUAUGUGUACAAAACAGGUCGUGUCCAGGCUGCGCACGUCUGGCGGUUAUGCGCUGUGGUCUCCCCCCUAAAGUUAGACGAUCACCCCUCACUCACCUAUACCAGCCACCUCUUCGACCUUCUUCGCUCCCAAAAUCGUGCGCCUCUUGUCAUCGACGCAGACGACCUCCUCUUUCAAACGGAUCGCGUAACCCGGGCCCUUUCGGACACUCUGAACUUGGACGCUUCCCUCUUGUCUGAGCACUGGGAUGUCAUGCCGGAGGAACAGCGGCCCAAAGAUCCUAUUAUGAGGGCGUGGAUGGCGACCUUCCAUGCAAGCACGGGUAUUGAGAGGCCAGAAAAGGAAGACGAGAAAGAUGUGGAAGUGGCGUUUGGGCGGUGGAAGCAGAAGUGGGGUGAAGAUGUUGCGGAGUGUUUGAAGGAGUUGGCGGAGGAGAAUCUCAUGCAUUAUGAGUAUUUGGCUAGGUUUAAAGCGUAG